UUUGCCAUCACUGGUCUAUGAUGUUGCAGUCUAUAUUUCCAGUCUCUCACUAUAUCAGGACCAUCUGUAAGAAUAGGGAUGAUAAAAGGCACAAGAAUAGCCAUGUCCAGGCAAUGAAAGACCCACCUCUUUUUUCACCUGUAUUAAUUGGUCACAGAUACCAACUCACAGACCCACCUGCACUCCUUAGUACCUGUGGAUCUGCAAGGGGGACCAAGUGUUAUCGUUACAUUACGUCAUUACACAAGUGACUUUAAGUUGAAGUCUUUAUUUACAGCAGGGGUCUUCAAACUUGGUCCUUUUAUGACUUGUGGAGUUCAACUCCCAGAUUUCCACAGCCAGGUAAGCUGGCUGAGGAAUUCUGGGAGUUGAAGUCCACAAGUCAUAAAAGGGCCAAGUGUGAAGACCCCUAAUUUACAGUUUAUGAUCAGAUGCAAACAAAUCCUACUUGUUAUUCUCCAAUUAUACCUUUAACCGCCAUCUCAUCUUGGAACUUUUGAUUAAUACACAGUUGCCUCACUACCCAGACCUCUUUUUAUUGUAUUUUUUGCACAUUGGGACUACUCUACAAACGAGGCAAGUUAUGCAAUAAUUAAUUGCAUAAUUACACAGUUUGUACGAUGACCUGUGAUAUCAUAGUGGCUUCUCUCAGUUGUCUCCGCCAUAAUAAUUUUGCACUGGAUGUCCACUGGCUUUUCAUGAUAUGGCUAACUGUAGACAGGAUGUAACUGGAAUCCACAAACUGAUGCAGUCAUCAUUUACCACUUCCUUUGGAGAGGCCUGGUUUUUGCAGCCUGGAUUGGUUUUUGCUGAUUAAAAAUAUAUAUUAAAUAUCUGUGUGCUUUGCAUGUAGCUAGGAUACAGGCUGAACCAUCUGACCUUAUCUGAUACUAAGAGACAGAAAGGAAAUGAUUCAGCUCAGCAAUUCCUGCUCCAGUAGAAUUGUUGUGGAAAAUUCUCCUCAGCCUAAUAUAUAUUCACUGCCCAUUGCUUUUUAAAGGUGAGGUUUAUGUUUAAAACUAUUUCUGAAGUCCCUUUUGUCCAUCAACACUCUGGAUCAAUGACUGAACUACAGCAAUUGCUAUAUCUGCCAAGCAGUAGGAGGAAAAAAAAGUAUAACAUUUAAUUUAUACGAAGAUUCCUCACUUGAGAGUGGAGCAGUGGUGGGAUUCAGCUGGUUCGCACCACUUCAGCUGAACCGGUAGCUAAUUUUUUGUUGCCCAGGCCCGGAAGUGGCAUCCAUACAGAGAACCAGUUGUUCACAUAUUUGAAUCCCACCACUGGAGUGGAGUGUCAUGUUAUCUACUCCCAAGAACAGGACAGAGAGCCAUUUUGGUGCAACGAUUAAAAGCAGUGGAUUAGAAACCAGAAGACUGCAAAUUCUAAUCCCAUCUUAAGUACAAAGCCAACUGGAUGACUUUGGGCCAGUCACUCUCUCUCUCUCUGCCCUAGGAAGAAACCAAUCGGAAACCGCUUCUGAAGAAUGUAGCCAAGAAAACUGUAGCCCAGGCAGUCGCCGGAAGUCAAAAACUGACAGGAGGAGGAGGAGGAAGAGAAGCAGAAAGAGAAGAAAUAUGUAAAUGACGAUGACACAUGGCCAAAGAAUAGGAAACCAUUUGGGAAAAUCGAGAGAUGAAAGAAAUUCUUCACGCAACACAGACGCCUAACAAGCUGUUCCCGUCACUAGUACAUAAGACUGUGUUGGAUGAUGUCCAUGACAAUGAUUUCCUUUCUAAUUCUGCCUGGCAACAGUCCCUGUGUUGCCAUGUAACACCUACCUAUGCACCUGGAUGGAGAGAAGAACCUUGCACCCCAUGUGGCUUUGUUGCAUGCAACAUAUUCAGAGGCUGGAGGGUAUCAACACAGCCAGACAACCUCAGAUUAAUCAGGUGGCCUCCUUACACUUCUGCCUUACAAGCAAAUGCAUUAAUAAUAUGGAAAGAGGGAGAGAGAGAAAUUCUUCAGGAAAACAUGCCCUUUGUGUUCUGUCUGGCUGGUGUAACAAAUGCAAUGUCAGAUAAAGGUGACCAGAGAAGGUAUACUAACAAGACUUUUCUUCCUGCUCCAGAGUGUGAUGACGUCCUUCCUUUUUUAUUUUUUGGGUUGAAUAAGAACAUAAUCAGUUCUUAUUUAUUCAUUUAUUUUGGACAUCUCUACCUCAAAAACAAACAAACAAAAGAUGAAGAUGAUGAUGAUGAAGAAGAAGAAGAAGAAGCAGCCAAGAACAUUUCCUUGCAAGGACAUCACCUACGACAGUGUCAUACGCUCUGGCAUUUAAGAAGGUUUAUUCAAUUCUGUCUGAUCUGGGAACGCAAUAUUUUUUUUAUUAAACUUUGCUUUGUAAUGAAGUUUUCCUCAUGUCUGUUUGUGAAACUACAGAGCUUUCAAGACUGGAGCAAGAGUAACACCCAUGCACACUGCCUGGUUUAGCCCUAUAAAUUCAGAGUCAGCAUUUAGGGGAAAACCUGGAAGUGACAAGUUAAGUAUAUUUCUAUAAACUUAUAUAAUAAUUAUGCUCUUGAAUCCUUUUCAGUAAGGUUAGUUGAACUGACUGUUAUGAAGACUUGGCAUUGUAAACUGCAAACCUUGUCUAUUGUUGUUAUCCCGGAAUUAAAUUUUCUUCAUUCUGAGGAAUCAAAGGAACUUUUGCACUGGUUGAUCCUAAGCUAACAACAAAAUCUCUAUACCGCUCUUUUGUCGAAAAUAGUAUUUUGGUUCGAACUGUUUUGAAGAAUUUACUUCUUAUCAGCUUUAUUUUUUAGUAUGUACGUAUAUAUUUAUGGGAUUUAUUUACUACCUAAAAUAGCCUUAAGCAAUAUGUAGACAAAUAAUAGAAUAAGAUUAGUGGCCACGCAAUUAAUAAGCACUAAUACCUUUAGUAAAAUUGAUAUAUUGUUGUUCUAAUUACAAAGCAGCUUGAAAUCAAAACCUUUGGGUUUUUCUUUUAAUCUGUCCCCUUGUGAUUCAUUGUAGGCAAAGGUGAUGUAUAAAUUGCAGGAGAAUAAUUACAAGCAGGACUCAAGCAUGCUUAUAAUAUUCCAAUUCAUUCCUUAUGGCCCAUGAUUAGAACACAUGUAUAGCUCUAAUAGUAUAGCUAA